AUGGGUAUUCCAAAAUUCUUCAGGUUUAUCUCAGAGAGAUGGCCAUUAACAUCCCAAGAAGUGGAUGGGCAAGAGAUGAUCGAGUUCGACAACAUGUAUCUCGAUAUGAAUUCGAUUCUUCAUAACUGCACACACACGAAUGACGGAACCAUUAUUCAUUUAUCGGAAGAGCAGAUGUUCGGAGCAAUUUUUGCGUACAUCGACCAUCUAUUUAACUUGAUCAAACCAAAAAAAGUGUUUUACAUGGCAAUCGAUGGUGUCGCACCAAGGGCAAAGAUGAACCAACAGCGUGCUAGAAGAUUCCGUUCGGCCGUGGAGGCGGAGCAAAACAUGAAAAAGGCAAUUGAGAGAGGAGAUGAAAUUCCUAAAGAGGCACCUUUUGAUUCGAAUGCAAUCACUCCAGGUACAGACUUCAUGGCAAAGGUCACCGAGCACUUGAAGUACUACAUCAACCAGAAAGUUUCGACAGACUCUAACUGGCAAAGCAUCCAGGUGAUCCUAUCGGGACAGGAAGUUCCAGGUGAAGGAGAGCAUAAAAUCAUGGAAUACAUCCGUGUGCACCGUGCACAGCCAGGGUACGACCCAAAUACAAGACACUGUGUGUACGGGCUUGAUGCGGACUUGAUCAUGCUUGGCUUGGCAUCGCACGAGCCACAUUUUGCACUUCUUCGUGAGGAAGUGACGUUUGGCCGAAACAGAGGCACUCCAUCGUCUGAUCUCUCGAAGCAGAAGUUCUAUUUGCUUCACAUAUCGCUUGUGCGUGAGUAUCUUGGGGAGGAGUUCAAGGAUUUGCAGGACCAGAUAUCGUUCAAGUACGACUUCGAGCGGAUUCUGGACGAUUUCAUCUUGAUCAUGUACGUGAUCGGUAACGAUUUCCUCCCGAACUUGCCGGAUUUGCACCUCAAUCACGGUGCAUUUCCUCUUCUUAUAGAGACGUUCAAGGAGGCCAUGAGGCGCUCCGAUGGCUACAUCAACGAGAGUGGCACGAUCAACAUGAAGCGGUUGAAAAUAUGGUUGGACAUCUUGUCGGUUUUCGAGCUUGAUAACUUUGAGCGUGGAUCAGUUGAUGUGGACUGGUUUAACUACCAGUUGGAGAACGUGUCGCAUCAUGGUGCAAGGAAGAGAGAAAGAGAGGGCCGUGAGCUUCUAAUAAAGCAGCAGAAGAAGAUGGUUGGCCAUAUAAGGUCGUGGCUUCUUCCCCUGUACAACAACAAGUUUUCCAUCAAGGACAUGCAGGAAGAUGAGAGCAAGAUCCCGUCUUUGCAGUUGCCGGCCGAUUUCUUUGAGGAUGCAACCAAUCGUGACUUCAUCAAGAAGCUGGCGUUUGAUGUUGGCGUUGUGAUUUUACACAGUGCCUCGAAGAACACAUACACGGCCAAGAUCGACAUCGAUGGAAUCAGUGCAAACGAGAGUGACGAUGAAUUCAAGCAGAGGGCAGAGGACAUCCACUCGCAAUUCAAGAGGUACCAGCGGAGUAUUGUGGUGGACAGUGAGAAGACUUUGACAGAGGAGAAAGACCUCUACAACAAGAAGUUCUUGGACUGGAAGAACCAGUACUACAAGGAAAAACUUCAUUUCACGUUGGACGACGAGGACAAGAUCACGGACUUGACCGAGAACUAUGUCGAAGGUCUUCAAUGGGUGCUCAACUACUACUACAAGGGUGUUUGCUCGUGGCCCUGGUAUUACCACUAUCAUUACGCCCCAAGAAUCUCGGAUGUGUCACGUGGUUUGGGCGUGAAGCUAAACUUCAAGAUGGGACAGCCUUUCAAGCCUUUUCAGCAGUUAAUGGGAGUUCUUCCAGCCAGAUCCCGCCGGCUUCUUCCGGCAUGCUACCAGGAACUUAUGACAGAUGCUAAGUCUCCAAUCAUUGACUUCUACCCAAAUGACUGCGAAACAGACAUGAACGGUAAGACUGCCCCCUGGGAGGCGGUUGUUCUUCUCUCGUUUGUUGAUGAGAAAAGGCUGAUUAAAGUGAUGACGCCCUUAGACAAGUAUUUGACGCCGGAGGAAAAACAGAGAAACACCUUUGGCCGCAAUCUUCUCUUCCAGUUCAAUCCUCAGGUCAAGAAUCCAAUUCGGUCUCCUCUCCCAGAGUGGCUUCCCGAUUUCGAAUCCAGGUGUGUGCAAUCUGUGUUUGAGCUUCCAUCCAUGAAGGGACUCACCUAUGUGAAGGGCAUGUGCAAGGAUGCACUAUCCGGAAAGCAUGCUUUGGCCGGUUUCCCGACCUUGAGCACCAUCCCAUACACGGCAAAACUGGAGUAUGCACAUUUGUGUGUUUUCCAGCAGCCCUCGCGUUCUGUGUCGAUGAUCCUCACCUUGAAAAACAUCUACAAGGGACUUUCUGUGGAACAGUUUGCCAAACAGCACUUGGGAAACAUCAUCUAUGCGAACUACCCGUACUUGCGUGAGUACAAGUUGUGCCACAUUGACGAUGGAAACAAGAGAUUCGAAUUUAUUCGCAGAAGGGGCAAGGAUCAGAUCGUGACUACAGAAUUGCAGGGAACGGACAAGAGUGGCUAUGAGAAGGAUAGAAGAGAGGUCAUAUACCAGAUGAAGGUGAAGAAAGGGUUAAGGUUUGCCAGUGAGAAGGAGGAGGAGGAAGAAGCAAAUGUUGGAAACUCGGAAUCUCAGGAGAACUUGAUCGGACAUGAGCCUCACCACAAGGAUGGUACAAUGGUUGAAGGUUUGGCCUACAUGAGGAAGGUGGUUGGCCUUGCACCAACAAAGGAUGGUGCUUAUGUGAAGAUGUUUUCCGACAAGCUCGACUGCUUCCCUCUUCAGUUGAUAGUGGAAGAUGUUGUGCACAAGGAUUUGCGUUUCAAGGAAAAAGCAGCCACAAAACUUGAAGAUGCGUACCCAAUUGGAACGGAGGUUGUUUUCUUGGGAUCUUUUGCGUAUGGAUCUCCUGCCAAAGUUGUUGGAUACUCGGAUGGAAACAAGAAACUCGCUUUAUCGAUCCGAAAACCGGCUGGAACCGAGAAGGAGCCGAACUUCGGCACUUUGAGGGCUCAAUACGAGCGACAUGCAUUGAGGUACCACAGCAUGAGCCAGGUUUGCCGAAUGUUGCACAUUUCGACGAUGCUUCUUUCAAAAAUCACAUCCAUGUACCUCAUCUACGCUCCAAAGGGCAUGAGGCGCGAGGAUGUUGGCUUAGGUCUCAAGUUUGAAGGAAAGCAACUCAAAGUGUUGGGAUACACAAAGAAACAGGGCCGGUCCUGGGAGUUUAGCGAUCUAGCAGUUGCAACAAUCAAUGACUACAUGAAGAAAUUCCCGGAUGUGUUCCGGGCUUUGCAGAAAUACAGGGGAAACUCCAUUCCUAAGGCCACCGACAUCUUCCGGGGCUUUUCUGACAAGCAACUGGAUGACAAGCUGCGUGCAAUCCACAAAUACUUGCGGGAGAUCAAGGCAAACUUUAUCAAAGUCACCUUGACGUCCGACUCGCUCACCAAGUUUGGAAUUGGCGUUGUAGAGAAGCAAAUAACGGACUAUGUGCAGCAACCUCACCCACAAAACCAUAAGGGUGUCAAGGGCAUUCCAAGAACAGCCGUUUUCAAUCCGUCAAAGGGCUUCCUGCUUAUGAGAAAGCAGUUCUUUGAGCUUGGAGACCGUGUUUUGUACGCUCUUGACUCAGGUAAGGUUCCUCUUUUCUCAAAGGGAACAGUUGUUGGGGUCCGCUCCUUUGAGGCAAAGGUUCUUCUCCAGGUUGUGUUUGAUGAAGUUGUUCUCACCGGAAACAGGUUCGAUGGCCGCUUGGUUACUCCAAGGGGACUAACUGUUGAUUCUUCCGCCUUGUUGAACUUGACCCACAAACAAUUCGUGUUCCAUCCUAAGGGCCAGAAGGGUAAAGGUGAUAAGACGAAGGUGAAGAUGAAGUCGAAGACGAAGCCAAAGCUUGAUUCGAAAUCCGCCAGACCUGGUGCAUCGCAAAAAGAUAGUUCUCCAAAAUCAAACUCUAAGUCGGAUUCAAAUCCACACUCAGCUAACCCUGCUAAGAAGCAGGCUAGCGGUAAGAAAGAGUUGCUUUCUGUGAUCAAGGGAAACAUAAAGAAGAAGCAUGCAGAUGCCGCUAAGCCGGAAGGUGCAAAGAAGAAUGUUCAUCACUCUCCUAAGCAGAAAAGCACCAAGGAGCCCGAAAGUACCGAAUCAAGCAAUAAGAAUAACUCUGCCAACCGCUCGGCAGCCGCCAAGAGCAUCUACAAUUCUGUUCUUGGCAACGUCCUUAGUGCUGGAAUUAACAUGGGACCUACACAAACGUAUGCCAACCCCCAAAGAGCCCCAAUUGAUGUUGUUGACCCUACUAAUGUGUCCAAGAAUGCAUCUGUACUCAAGGCUGACUCUCAGAGGUUGAUGGAUGUGCUAAAGGGAGGAAAGAAAUGA